CAAUGUGGCUCAAGUUUUUAUGCAGGCCAAAUUUUUUAUUGAAUCAAAGAAAAUUAAAAGGACGCUUCAGUCCAGCCAAACCUGCAAAAUUCAACCUUUCUCAGAAUGGCUUCAAUGAAAUCCAUAUAUUUUUUGGGUACUCUCAGCUGGGCUCUGUUUCUGCUCACAACACCAGCAAUUUCAGUCUCCGAUGAAGCUUUUACAGAGUGCAUGGCGGCAAAUGGCAUAAAAAAUCUAACAAGCGCCAGUUCCAAAAACUACAAAAUCUUGCUAAACUACUCCAUACAGAAUCUCAGGUAUGCGGGUUCCCAAAUACCAAAGCCCCAUUUCAUCAUUCUCCCGCAGACCGAACAACAAGUCCAGGCCACGGUCACAUGCGCUCGCAAAGGGGGCUACGAAAUCCGCGUACGGAGCGGCGGCCACAGCUACGAAGGCACCUCCAUAACGGCCGAAGCGUCCUUCGUCAUAAUAGAUCUCAUGAAUCUCAACGCCGUCAAAUUGCAUGUCGCCACCGGCACAGCCUGGAUAGGCGGCGGCGCAACGCUCGGGGAAAUUUACUACACCAUUGCUCAGACGACCCGCGGCUACGGUUUCUCCGCGGGGUCGUGCCCAACUGUCGGUAGCGGCGGGCAUAUCAGCGGCGGCGGCUUCGGCCUCCUCUCGAGAAAAUACGGCCUGGCGGCGGACAACGUGGUUGAUGCGCACGUGGUGGACGCAGAGGGAAGGCUGCUUAAUAGAAAAACCAUGGGCGAAGAUUUCUUCUGGGCAUUACGUGGCGGCGGCGGCGGGAGCUGGGGAAUUGUGGUCGCAUGGAAGAUUAAGCUCCUGAAAGUUCCACCCACGGUCACAUUGUUUAGCGUCUCCAGGCGUGGGCUGCGCAAUGUGUCGACACUGCUGUAUAAAUGGCAAAUGGCGGCGCCGACUCUGGAGAAGGAAUUUUAUCUCUACGCUUACUUGCAGGCGCCGGAUAAUCGCACAACCGCGGCUUCAUUUACCGGAUUGUAUCUCGGCCGGAAAACCGCCGUGCUAAAAUCCCUCGGUUCCCGGUUUCCCGAGCUAGGUAUUGUGGCGGAAGAUUGUACAGAAAUGAGGUGGAUUGAUGCCGCGUUGUUUUUCUCCAACAGGGGUUCGAACCUCUCGAGCCUCGCCGACAGAUAUGAUUAUAAUAAAUUGUAUUUUUUUGCAAAGUCCGAUUAUGUGAGAAAUCCUAUUCCUUUGAAAGCCCUUGUUGGAGGGCUUAAAACUCUGCGGGAACAGCCCCUGGGAAGCGUAAUUUUUGAUCCUUAUGGAGGGAAAAUGUGGGAAAUUGCUUCAGAUUUUACUCCUUUUCCUCACAGGGCCGGGAAUUUGUUCGGCAUACAGUAUUCUGUGUCGUGGUAUGAUGAAAAUGGCGACAGUGAAGAAUAUCUUGCGUGGUUGAGGAAAUUUUAUGCUUUCAUGGAGCCUUAUGUCUCGCAGAAUCCGCGAGCUGCGUAUGUGAAUUAUAUGGAUCUGGAUCUUGGAACUGUGGGGAAUGAGUUGCUUAACGGGACUGAUCUUGUUGCAGAGGCGAGUAAAUGGGGGAAAAAAUACUUUUUGGAUAAUUUUGAGCGGCUGGUUCGGGUGAAAACCAGAGUUGAUCCACACAAUGUGUUUCGCAAUGUCCAGAGCAUCCCGCCUGACAUCAGAUUUUGAAGCCAUAAAAAAAUUCUGGAUUGCUGUGAUUAUUGAAGGUGCUGUAUUUCUAAGGGCAUAGUAAUUUAAAUCUUCACCGAAUGAUUGUGAUUUCAUCGACUCAAUUGUUUUUUCAAAUAUGCAAGCAAUGUGGGUAAAGGUACAACAUACAUACAGAGUAUGCACUAUUGUAUUUUAAUAGUAUUAGAAGAUCAAACCAGUAAAAAUUGGAUAAAAAAUUAUUAUGAUUUAUAUU